AUGGUUUGGCUUAUAAUCAUUCUUCUCUGCCUUGGAAAUUUAACGGCUCAAUUUCUGGAUUUCACCAAUACCAGUUACGUAGACUUUGAGGACAGAUUGCAUAUUCUUCUCAUCAAACUGCAAUUUGAUAACUUCUACAAUACUCUCCUGGUUUAUGGAGAAGAUUGUGUCAUUCCUUCUUUAUUUACAAAAUUGGAAGUCCCUGCAGUGCUGGUGUCCUCGGGUAGCACCAAUUUUGAUUGGAAUUUCAGCAGCCUAACACUGAUACUCAGUUGUAAUUUCCAAGCCGAGAGAGAAGAAAACAAUCGAACACUGCAGAAGCUGCAAAUUAACAGGCGCCUUGUCCUCCUGAAAGGAGAUAUAAAACCCGAGUCUGUGUGCGAAUUCUAUUUUGAAAAGGAGCAACAUAAUGUAGCUAUGGUGAAGGAAAACUUUUAUCACUUCGGAGUGAUAUACUCCUGUCGCCUAUUUCAAGAUCAAAACUAUGUAAAACUGAAUCUAAGUGAUGUCAAUCAUCCGAUUUACAUAGACCAAUUUCGAAACAUGCAUGGAGCCGUAAUAAGAUCAGUAUCUGACAAUGAGACACCCCUAACCAUACCUUAUCUUGACCAAGUAACCGGAAAAGUGAAGUAUAGGGGCUAUGUGGGUAUGUUGAUAAACCACUUCGUUGAGAAGGUGAACGCCACUUUGGAAAUGCAGGAGAAGUUAAUGGACCUAGAGCCAUCUGCUCUGAACAUUACCGAUUGGGCCAAGGACAACUAUCUGGACAUUGGUAUGUGCGAGGCUAAGACGAUUGAAAUGUCGAACUACGACACGAUCUCGUAUCCGUACCUAAUAAGUUCGUACUGCUUCAUGGUCCCUUUUCCGGAUACAAUGCCAUAUAAUGAGGUCUACUUUGCGAUUAUAGAACCAACUGUUCUGAUAAUGGUUUUAAUAGUAUUCUGCAUCUGCUCCGUGCUAAUUAUCUACAUAAAGGAAAAGUCCUGCCGUAGCCUGAGCUUCUCUAGUGUCCUGCUGAACGAUAUCUGUUUCAGGGGAUUUAUUGCUCAGCCGUUUCCUUUUCCCCGCCAAUGCAACAGAAAACUUAAACUGAUUUUCAUGCUGAUCUGCUUUUCCAGCCUAGUCUCCACCACAAUGUAUACGACAUACCUACAUGCCUUCUUAUAUGGGACGCCCAACGGAGCAUUUUUGAUGUCAUUUGACGAUUGGAAAAAGUCCAAGUACAAGAUGGCUAUUAACAUCUACGACGAAGAUUAUCUGAAGUUCAAGAACUUGAGCCUGGAUGGCGUGGAGAUCUUUGAAUACGAUGAAUUCGUUGAGCUGCGAAAAACCUUUAAUAGCGAUUAUAUAUUUCCGGUGACAACUUUGCAGUGGUUCACCCUCAGGGAGCAACAGAAAUUCGUCGAAGACGAUUUGUUCUACUAUACAGAUGAAUUCUGUCUAAAUCAUUUUGAUAUAUUAAGUAUUCCUAUAAGACGUCAUUUGCCUUAUCGCGAUAUCUUCGAGGAACACAUGCAGCGCCAGAAGGAGUUCGGGUUUACUAAGCACUGGAUCGACGAGAGUUCUAACGAUAUCUCGAUAUCUGAAAAUCUCACGUCAGUUGAAGAUUUAAGUCCGCCUCUCGUGGAUGAUUACAUAGAAGCACACAAUUUCUUCUGGGUUUUCACCAUUUAUGUCGUUGGGAUGGGUAUGGGUCUAUGCUGUUUUAUCUUGGAGCUGCUAACACCCAUGAGGUACUGGAGAAACUGCAAAGUCCGCUAA